AUGACUACCUCCUCUACCCCUCUCCCUCCCUGGCCUCUCCCCCCCACCAUCACCUCCCUCUCCCUCCCCAUCCCCCCCACCCCUCUCACCAUCCACCUCCUCUCCUCCACCCCUUCCUCCACCCCCACCACCACCACCAAACACCCCCUCAUCCUCCUCCUCCACGGUUACCCCGAACUCUCCUUCUCCUGGCGCCACAUCCUCCCCCGCCUCUCCGCCGCCGGCUACCACGUCGUCGCCCCUGACCUGCGCGGCUACGGCCGUACCACCGGCUGGGACGUCGCCGACCUCUCGGGAUUCGCGCUGACGAACUUGGUGCGCGAUCUGGUGUGUCUGGUCGGCGCGCUGGGGUACGAGGAGGUGGCGUGCGUGGUCGGGCACGAUUUCGGCGCGGUAGCGGCGGCGGCGUUCGCGGGGAUCCGAGGGGAUGUAGUGCGGAGUGUGGUGCUGAUGAGCCAUCCGGCGAAGGGAUGGGGCCCAGUAGUGCGGACGGCGGGGGAGGCGACGAAAAAAGAGGCGGUGUUGGAGGAGUUGGCAAGGUUGGAGAGGCCGAGGAAGCAUUAUACAUGGGCGAAUUCCACCGCGCAGGCGGGCGAGGAGUGGGCGCGGCCGGCGCAGGGGAUGGCAGCAUUUCUGCGGGGGUAUUUUCAUUUGAAGAGCGCGGACUGGGCGGGGAACAAGCCUGGGCCGCUGGCGGGGUGGACGGCGGGGGAGCUGGCGAAGAUGCCGGAGUACUACGUGAUGCCGCUGGAUCUGACGAUGGCGGAGACGGUGGCGCGGAACAUGGCAGGAGAGGACGAAGGCGCGACGCGGCGGUGGUUGGCGGAGGAAGAGUUGGCGGUAUAUGUGGCGGAGUGGACGCGGACGGGAUUUCAGGGGGGAUUGAAUUGGUAUCGGGCGGGGACGGAUCGGAGUCUAGCGAUCGCGGAUGAUAUGGCGCUUUUUGCGGGGAGGAAGAUCGAGGUGCCGGCGGUGUUUUUAUCAGGGCGGAGAGAUUGGGGAAAUUAUCAGGAGCCGGGGGCGUUGGAGGGGAUGGGAGGGUUUUGUACGGAUUUCAGGGGGGUGCGGUUGAUUGAGGGGGCGGGGCAUUGGCCGGCGCAGGAGCAGCCGGAGAAGGUGACGGAGGGGAUCUUGGGGUUCUUGAAGGAGGUGCAUGGUGCGAAGUGA